UCACAACCGGCCCAUUAUUUCACGGGCACUUAAAAACCCUACACUAAUUUAAAGAAAACCCUAACUCGUGGAUUUUCCUUUCACCCCCUACGUCUCCCUCUAGCUCUUGCGCAGCGCAGGCAUGGCCACGGGCACAGCAGCGGCACCAACACGGGCUCUGUCCCAGAAGGAGCUGGAUAUACAGAUGAUGUUGGCUGCUGAAGUUCACCUCGGCACUAAGAACUGUGACUUCCAGAUGGAACGUUACGUCUUCAAGCGCCGCAAUGAUGGAAUUUAUAUCAUCAAUCUUGGGAAGACAUGGGAAAAACUUCAACUGGCUGCUAGGGUUAUUGUGGGCAUUGAGAACCCACAGGACAUCAUUGUCCAGUCUGCAAGGCCUUAUGGUCAAAGAGCUGUCCUCAAGUUUGCCCAAUAUACAGGUGCCCAUGCUAUUGCUGGAAGGCACACUCCUGGUACAUUCACUAACCAGCUCCAAACAUCUUUCAGUGAGCCCCGUCUUUUGAUCCUCACUGAUCCAAGGACAGACCACCAGCCUAUUAAGGAAUCUUCUCUUGGAAAUAUUCCAACCAUUGCUUUUUGUGACACCGAUUCUCCUAUGCGGUAUGUGGAUAUUGGCAUUCCUGCAAAUAACAAAGGGAAGCACAGUAUUGGUUGUCUAUUUUGGCUGUUGGCAAGAAUGGUUCUGCAGAUGCGAGGCACUAUUCCUCAAGGGCACAAGUGGGAUGUUAUGGUGGACUUAUUCUUCUAUAGGGAGCCUGAGGAAACCAAGGAACAGGAAGAGGAGGAAGCAGUACCAGUUGCCGAUUAUGCACUCCCUUCUACUGAUUUUGGGCUUUCUGCUCCUGAUUGGGGCGCACAAAUUACUGAAGGCCAGUGGACUGCUGAAGCAGCUCCACCACCUAUUUCUGCUGUUCCUGCUGCCAACUUUUAUCCGGAGCAGAGUAGUGGAUUCUCUAAUGAAUGGGACGCUGCAGCCCCACCUCCGCAAUUUGCUGGUGCAGUAGCUCCUGCUGCCUCUGCUGCUCCUGCUGCCUCUGCUGCUCCUACUGCCCCAACUGGCUGGGAGUAGUGUAGCAAGAGAAGCUCAAUGCUGUGUUUUAUGCUGUGUUUUAUGGAUGUUCAGAAUUAUUUGUGGUUGUUCGAGGGAUUGCCAACACCAAAUUGCAAAAUUGGACUUGUUUUGUUUUAUUUUAUCACAUCAUUGUUGGCAAUAGCUUAGUUCUAGACAUUUGAAUUUUAAAAUUUUUGACAUUGAACUCGAUGUAGUGAUGCAAAAUUUUUUUUCUUAUCUUUUAUAUUCAAGAAGCUUUUGCUAAAGCUCAA